GGGUCUCGGCGAGUUUCACUUCCGUCGCUCCCUCCAGGGGACCCCUGUGCGCAAGGCACAGUCCAAGCAUUGGCCUCCGGGGGGCGGAGCCUGGAGGCGGCGGGCACUGCAAUUGGUGGCUUCGAAGACGCGGCGGGCGGGAACAGCUGCUGAGGAGUGAGAGGCUGGAGAUGUGGGCCGUGCCAAAGAGAUGGAUGAGACUGUUGCCGAGUUUAUCAAGAGGACCAUCUUGAAAAUCCCCAUGACUGAAAUGACAACAAUCCUAAAAGCGUGGGAUUUUUUGUCUGAAAAUCAACUGCAGACUGUAAAUUUCCGGCAGAGAAAGGAAUCUGUGGUUCAGCACUUAGUUGAGCUGUGUGAGGAAAACAAUGCAAGUCUCAAUGACGCGGCCCUUUUAGACAUCAUUUAUACUCAACAUCAUCGGCACCGGAAAAUUUGGGAUGUUUUUCAGAUGAGUAAAGGACCAGGUGAAGAUGUUGAUCUUUUUGAUAUGAAACAAUUCAAAAGUUCAUUUAAGAAAGUUCUUCAGAGAGCAUUAAAAAAUGUAACAGUCAGCUUCCGAGACGCUGAGGAAAAUGCAGUCUGGAUUCGAAUCGCCUGGGGAACACAGUAUACAAAGCCAAACCAGUACAGACCUACUUAUGUGGUGUAUUAUUCCCAGACCCCAUACGCCUUCACUUCUUUGUCCACGCUGAAGAGCAACAUACCCCUUCUGGGUCAGGCACUGACAAUUGCUAGCAAACACCAUGAGAUUGUGAAACUGGACCUGAGAAGCCGGUAUCUGGACUCUCUUAAAGCUAUUGUUUUUAAGCAGUAUAAUCAGAACUUUGAAACUCACAACUCUACAACACCUCUACAAGAAAGAAGCCUUGGGCUACAUGUAAAUAUGGAUUCAAGGAUCAUUCAUGAAAACGCAAUAGAAAAAGAGAGAGUCCAAAGAGUAACUCAAGAAACUUUUGGUGACCAUCCUCAACCACAGCUAGAAUUUGCACAAUAUAAGCUUGAAACGAAGUUCAGAAAUGGAAGCAUCUUGGCUGAGAGAGAAGAACCCCUCCGGUGCCUAAUAAAAUUCUCUAGCCCACAUCUUUUGGAAGCAUUGAAAUCCUUAGCACCAGCAGGUAUUGCAGAUGCACCACUUUCUCCACUGCUCACUUGUAUACCCAACAAGAAAAUGAAUUAUUUUAAAAUUAGAGAUAAAUAAGAUGUAUGUGAUUUUGUACGCACAGCAGUUCCUUGACUAUGUUGCACACAUUUCAGUUAGUGGCUCACUCUACACCUUCUGUCUAUAAACUUGCAUUUUAUAAAUUAAUCCUUGGUAUUAAAAACUUAGAGAUGUUCAUAUAAUGUUAAUUGUUGGGACUGAUUCUUUCCCCCUCCACAAUAUCCCCCCUCGUCGCCAUAUUCUGCUAAAUGUAGCAGUUGUGGGCAUUUGAGAUGUGACAGGACAUAGACGUACAUGGCUCCACGCUUGAUCUUGACUGCCUGGUGCUCUGAAGUCAAGCACAUGGCACAGUGGUUGAGAAUGCUAGGUGUCAUGUCUGGUGUCCUUUUUUCCACUCCUGCCUCUCUGCGAUCCUGGUGAGGCCUGAUUCCAACUGCUAGUUUCCAGGGAUUUUUUUUUCUUAAGCCUUGGAUCACGUAAAGAGGCACCAAGAAACUAUACCCAAGUCAAUACUUUUUAGGAGAAUCAUAAAAUUGGUCUGUUCAGAGCAUAGAGUUGGAUCCAUUAAAUUAUUAUUGCAGGAGUUGCAUAUUCAAUGACACAGUUAUAUAAAAUAACGCUCUCGUUGUAAAUAUGAUACUUUUCAUAAUCUGUUUUAUCAUACAGGUAACAUUCAAACUG